GACAGUGACGUCACCUCACAUCCAGAAGGACAGUUGGGAGCUUCGGGCAGAGAGACAUUGUUGACGUUUUGUUUUGAUCGCUUUUGCCUGGACUUUUGGACAGUACGCUGACAUUAUCCGCUGAUUUCGAAGCCCACCUUUCAGCGCUACCAUCACGCCACAGAGCGGGGAUCCAGCAAAGAUGAAAUGGAUGUUUAAAGAGGACCAUUCCCUCGAGCACCGAUGUGUGGAGUCAGCCAAAAUACGCAACAAAUACCCUGACAGAGUACCGGUGAUAGUGGAGAAGGUUUCUGGCUCUCAGAUAGUGGACAUUGAUAAGAGGAAGUACCUGGUGCCCUCUGACAUCACAGUGGCCCAGUUCAUGUGGAUUAUCAGGAAACGUAUCCAGCUGCCUUCAGAGAAAGCCAUCUUCCUCUUUGUCGACAAAACAGUCCCCCAAUCCAGUCUGACUAUGGGCCAGCUGUACGACAAGGAGAAGGACGAGGACGGCUUUCUGUACGUGGCCUACAGCGGAGAAAACACCUUUGGUUACAAGGCCUUUUAUACAACACGGGGUUAACACUUCACUGAAAACCAGUGUCACACACACACACACACACACACACACACACACACACACACACACACACACACACAGUAGGACCCAACAAAUACUGGUGCACAUUGGCCUUUACAUGUGUUACUCAAGUAAUGCAUCUACACACUUUGCGCAGUCAUUUAUGGUCUUUUUGAUACAAAAAAAUACACAUUCAUGGUGAAAAUUAACUACACCAAAAUACUACAAUAAACAAACUUGUUGGUCUUUU